GGAGGUCGCCUUCCCCGGAAGAGAGCGGUUAAGUUAGUGCGAGGGGAUCUAAAGCAAUAAUUCAGACAAAUUCCCAUGUUAUUCCCCUUUUAUAUUCAUCUUACUGAGUAAUAGAUGUUUAUGUGACAGUAGGCAGUGCCGCUGUCUCUCGGUUCGUCUCCUCAGCCUCUCCCGGCCUCACCAUGCAGCAUGCCCCGGCAGGAGCUCCGCAGGCUCGGCCGCUGUUCGGUGGAUCUCUGUCGGCCGUCCUCCCUCACUCUUCUGUGGACACCAGCGAACUGAGGGAGAUCCCGGACAACCAGGAGGUGUUUGCACAUGCGCUGACGGACCAGAGCCUGAUCAUAGAGCUGGUGGAGUUCCAGGCUCAGGUGCCGGACCAGGACGCGGCCAGGUACCACUUCGAGGACAUCGCAGGGAGCAACAAGGCUGCAGAGCAGGGGGGUUUUCAGGUGGCAGGUGUGGAGCCGGUGUCCCAGGCUGAUCUGUCCCUGUCAGACUGCAGCUCGGCCUGGAUCCUCUCUGGGACUCAGUGCGUGUCCAAAUUUAACGAAGAGGCUAAAAACACGGUGACCAUACACCUGGCCCUGCUCCGCCUGCCUCAGUUCUCCACAGAUGUGCUAAUCAGCUUCAACGACCCCCAGAGCAUCAGUCCUUCCAGCAGCAGUGCGGCGUCAGCGGGGGCACACGCACAGCCGUGGACCCAACAGGACUUCCAGCGCCUGGUGCAGACCCUCACACUGCAUGACCCGGGUCUGUUUGGGUAGACUCUUCUCUCUCUGUGGCGUUUCAGCUGAUAAGGGAAUAUAUUCAUGUACAUUUUGGGCUGGUUCUGUUUCUGAGGUCCCACCAGCACUUGAUUCCAGGAUUUCCCUGGAUCCAGACAUGAAAAUUCAGCAGCAGGCGUCGUCACUGCCAUGAUGGCAGAAAGAAAUACAGGUUUCUACUGAGUUUAUUCCUAAAUAAAAUCCAAAUAUACCAACGGAGAAAUGUUUUUUCUUAUAAUGAACAUUAAAGAAUAUUAUAGUUCGAAAAAUGA